UUUAAUAGUUUGGGGAAAUACUAGAAAUAGUAAUAAAGAAAAAAAAUACAUUAAGAGGAUAAGCAUGGAUUGUUUUCAAAGAUAUUACAGCAGCAACGAAUGCAAAAAAAAUGUUACAUGGAUUUUUAUUUUAUGGAAAAGAUUUGAAAAUAAAUUUUUCAAAAUCAAGAAGUGAAAUUUUAGAUAAAUUAGAAGGAAAAUGGGUUCCAAAAAAGAAAUUAAAAAGAAACAGUAUAUUAGAUUAAAAAAUAGAAAAUUAAGCAUAAAAACAUGAAAAUUAAUAAUAAUAAUAAUAAUAAUAGUAAUAAUAAUUAUAAUAAUAAAUUUAAUAAGCUGUAACUGAAUUAAAUGAACCUAAUAAUGUUUUAAUGGUAGAAUAUUUACCAUCUUUUAUUUCGUCUGAAAUUUUAAUGAGUCUUUUUAGUUAAUAUCCUGGAUUUAAGGAAGUAAGGCUUAUUUCUGCAAGAAGAGUAGGAUUUAUAGAAUUUGAAAACGAAGAUUAAGCUACUGUAGCCUUACAUGGUUUUUUUUUCUAAUAUUAUUAUUAUUAAUGA